GCCGCAACUGCGACCACCGCCGCCUUGUGCUCACCCCCCUGCCGCAGGUGAUGCGCCUGAGCAGCCAGGACGUGCCCACGGCCUACGCCUACGAGCUCGAGGCCGCCACCAUCGUGCAGCCCGAGCAGGUCGUCAACGCAGUGGAGGCCAUGGUGGCCAAGGUCGCAGCCAGGGUCUGA